GUGCCAUGCCGUGGUGACGCCAGGUGUCGCCUGUAAGGUCUGAAGCGACCAAGUUGGACGUGACUUCUAGCGGCAGAAUGUUGCGGAGGAAGCCUACUCGGCUCGAACUGAAGCUGGACGAUAUUGAGGAGUUUGAGAGUAUGAAGAAGGAGUUGGAGAAUCGGAAGAAACAGCAGCGUGAGGAAGGAGUCAUGGUGAGCUCCAGUGAUGUGGACAGUGCAAAUGGAGCACGAGAUGAUGCCAAGGUCAGAGAGAAGAUAAAUGAGCGAAUUGGUUACCGACCCAAUCCUCACAUCAACAAACCCUUCUCUCUGUUUGGGAACCUCCACUGAUGGCCUAUUGACAGCAACAUGUAUGGAGUGUACACGUUCACCAGGCUGCAAAAUAUUACCUGAAUAUUUAGGAUUGUUAAUUCAAAGACGUGUUGCUCUUGGCAGAAUUAGUGUCCAGCUGCCUCUCCUGCUAAGGACAGUGCCAAAUGCAAGAUAAAAUGGUGUGAAAAUCACUGAUCUAGCCACGUGCUCUGUAAAUAUUUCCACAAGUGUCUUAUAAAGAGGUAAUGAGCUGAUCCUUCAUUUUUUAGGAAUGACUUGUAUUGUGAAUUCCAAUGAUCACACUAUAUUGGAUUUUACUCGCAUUAUUUUAAGAUAAUAAACAUGCCUAUUAUUUUUCCAUUUGAAA